UGUCAGUAACAACAGCACCCUUUGAUGAGCUUUCCUGUAAUGACUUUUAACAAGUUCUCUGCCUGUGUCGUGUUAGUCAAACCUGCUCGUGUUGUGUAGUCACAGCACUGUGUAAAAACCUGCAGCAAAAACUGGAGGUUUGAAUUCAAAGUUACAACAGACAUGUUCUUUAACAAUGGGGGAAAAAAUGUUAUCAGUGUCAUUUCUGAAAUCAUGUUUAUUUUUUUUUUCUGUAAAUGUAGCAUUUGCAUUUUCAGGACUCAAUCUAUCGCCAAAUCUAUCGCCCUUACUGGAAUACUUCCUGAACACCUGAGUCCUGUGCCAACCCUCAGUGAGAUCAUCAGAUUUGAUUGAGUCAUCAGCAUUCUUUAUAAUUUGUGGCAGCUAACCACACACUGACAGAGGAGCUGUGUUUGCAGAUUGACCCACAAUCAAGCAACAGAGUGAACACAUUCUGCAUUUCAGCAGGCUGAAAGUUGGACUGAAUUGUUUAUGUUAAGACUAUUACGCUUACAAUUUUCCUGACAUUAGCGUUACUGUAAAUGACAAGGAGUGGAAGAUGCAAGUAACAAAAUGCAAGAACCAUAACGUGUAGCCAAGAUACAGUAUUUGCUCUAACAUGUGAAUCCAUUACCCACAUACUUUAAUGUACUGCUGGCCGAGGGCUGUGUUUCAUAGUUUCAUGAUAAAUUAUAUCUUAGGCAACUGUGUUCUUCCAAGUAGGACACACCAGUGAAUGAAGAUGAAUCUGUCUUUGUUCCCCCUGUGCGGCUGAUUGGGUGACAGUGCAGUCUCUUAGAUUUUAACUGAAACAACCAGAUAUGUGUAUCCAGCUGUUUCACAACAAUUCACAACUUCAUUCAUGAGACUCUCCUCAAGGUCCUUAAUGACCCGAGUGUCAUUUCAGGGGUUGAAUCACUGAAACCACAACAAUAUAUCCAGCAGUCAUGUGGACUCCUCAGCUAGUCCGCUGCCUUUAACUGAUUAAAUCUACGUAUUCUGAGGCAAACUGCUGUUCGAUUUGGACCCCAAAAAAUCCUAAAUCCACUUCAAUAUGUGUAUUUUUUUAAAAUAUAUGAUGGCUAAAUACCCACAAAUAAAACAAACUGCUUGGGGACUUAGCAAUGUUGUACUGAGCAACACAUAAGCACAAAACAUAAAUAAAAGAGGUCUUCACGCUAGAUUUUGACCCUCAAGAUCAGAUCAUCUUGGAAUAAUCUCCAGUAAUCAGGGCAGGUGCUGGCUUUGCCAGUUAGUGUGUUUCCUCCCAGUUUUCGACUUCCCUUAGAUGUACUCUGUGUUUUGGCAUAACACUUCCAUGAAGUCGAAAAGAAGCAGAUUUAGAAAAAAAUGGCCAAAAUCAAAAGCGCAGAGGCACUGAUAUCCUGCCUCUCUUUAGUUCCUACUAUGGGACAAGCUCCAAAAAUGCAGGAUCCUACAUUUCCCAUAAGGCAACAAAAAACUUUCUCCAUUUGACCCCUCCUGCCUGGUUAACACCCAUGUCUUCAAACUGCUUGGAACCAUUUGUUGUCUCCAAGCGUAGACUGAAAGAAUGCUUACAAGUUUUUUUCGAAGCCACCUAAGACAUUAUUGUUUUAAAAGGUAAAGCACUUUCCAUGACAAGUAGACUGACCUUUAAUGUCAGUUUAAAGUGCCCCAAAGUAGAUGUACUCAUUGACAAUGUUUCGUAAUUGUUUUGGGAUAAUCUCAGGAAUCAGCCAAUGAUUUCUUUCUCUCUAUGUGUUUGUCUGCUGCUUCUCAGUAUGGGCUCUGGACAGAGCAGUGACACACUCCACUGCAACCGCUACCUGAACGGAAAUGGUCCUCCACCACUGGAACAACAAGCCAAGGAAGGAUUGAAUGGGAUGUAUAGAGCACUGAGUGGCUGCCAGCCAGAGGGCCAAAUGACCUGGGUGAUCCUCCACAGAGACCUACCAGGAUUCCCUGAUGACAACACCCUGCAGAUGAACUACAUAUUCCCAGAUGGAAUACAGACAGAGAAACAACCUCACCCGGGCCAGCCUUAUGCAGGACUGCGGCUCUGUGCUUACCUGCCUGACAACCGCGAUGGAAGGAGGGUUCUAAAGCUUCUGGACAAGGCUUUCAACGAGCAGCUACUGUUUACAGUCACCACCAAUAAAGAUGGAGAGGACAUGGUCACUACAGCUUCCAUCCCCCUCAAAACACAACCAGACGGAGGCAGCGGAGUGGACGGCUACCCAGAUUCUGACUACCUGAAGACUGUUAGAAGGCUACUGAGGGAUAAAGGCAUUGAAUAACAUGCUACACACACUGCUGGAUGGACAGAUAAAGGCAGAGACUUCAAACAACAGUUCAUGGCUAGAGAACAUGUGCUAUAGAUGAUAAAUUAGAAAAUGUCUUUUUUAAAUAUAUAAUCAAUGGUUGUUGUUGUCAAUAUGUAAUCUUGAGUGCAAUCUGUGUAUUAUCACAUUAGUGCAGUUCUUAUUCUUGAAAUAUAUUUAUUGUAAUAUGUACUACAACCUUUGCUGGUGUCUUAUGUCCUUGUAUGAAUCAAUAUAUUGUGUCAUUACAAAAAUUACUUUUUCAACUCUGAAUAUGGAGUCACAUUGUUGUAUUUAAAAGGACAGUAUAAAUAGACGAUAUCCCUGUAUGAGUGAGUUGAAAAUGUAAUUUAUUUUUGAGCAGCACAGGGAACAUUCUUAGCCCCAAUUAUUGUACAGACACAUUAGUUAAUGCAAUUUGUUCUAUAAGAGUUCAUUAAAUAUGACAGAUGCAAAGUUUUAGGUCAUGGAUUGGAUGAAAGUCUCAUGUUCUAUUAAAUGAUUACUUGAGUAAUACUAAAGCUAUGUUGUAUUUUUUCAUAUUUUUUUGUGAUGGAUC